AUGAAACAUUUAAAACGAAAACACACACCAGAAUAUGAAAAAUUAUUUUUUGAUCCAGUUGAAGAUUCAUCAGAAGUUGUUAAUGGUAGUGAUUAUCGAUCCACAACAGAAUUAUCAUCAAGUAACACCAAACAAAAUCGUAUUAAUAUGUUCAUUGCAAAAUAUUUAAUUAUCAAAUGCAAUUUACCUUUGAAUUUGGUGGAAAAAUCUGCUUUCCGUCAGUUUAUGAAAGAAUGUAAUGUCAAAUGGGAUCCAAUAUCGUCUAAAAAAUUGAAACAUGAUGGAAUUACAUUUUUUACAGAUAAAAUGAAAAAAAUUCUUCAUGCCACAUUAAAUGAUACUAAAUUUGUUACAUUAACUGUCGAUGGCUGGUCUGACAGACGAGGCAGAUCAUUUAUUGGUGUGACCUGCCAUUUUAUUAAUUAUAAGUGUGAACCACAAGCAUUUUUGAUUGAUUUUGUACGUUUAAAAGGACCACAUACUGGUGAAAAUAUUCAUCGAAUAACUGAAUUUAUUCUUGAUCGUUAUAAUCUUAAAGAAAAGGUGUACAAAAUAGUCACGGACAACGCUUCAUCAAUGAUAAAAGCGUAUAAAUUUGGCUUGUCCGUUGAUGAUGAAAUAGGUUAUGAUGAUAGUAAUGAAAUGAAAUUAAAUUCAAACACGAACACUGCAUGGGAUGAUAAUAAUUACGAUAUGGAUAUUAAUGAUUUGGAGUUUAUGAAUAUUUCGUAUGCUGACGAUUAUGAAGAUAUUGAAAAUCCUUCUGAUCUUCGUUUAUCAUGUUUUAUACAUUCUUUACAAUUAUCUGUACGUGAUGGUCUAAAAAAUGCUGUUUAUGUACCAAAAUUACUUAAAAAAUGUCAAGCACUUGCUAAAGUUUCACAUAAAUCAUCAAAAAUUGCUGAAUUACUUGAAGAAAUAAAUAAACACAUUAACAAAAUGACAAUUACUCGGUGGAAUAGUGAAUUUUUAUUAAUCAAAUCCAUUUUAUCAAUUGGUAAAACCGAUCUUGAAUCAAUUACAUCUUUAAUGGAUAACCAAAUCAAAUUUUCUAAUAAUGACUUUAUUGUUUUAGAAGAACUUGUUGAUAUUCUUCAACCAUUUUAUGAUAUUUCAAUUAAAUGUCAAGCAGAAACAGCAGUUACUAUUAGUUUAGUAGUACCAUCUAUUGUACACUUGAUUUCACAUCUUCAUGAUGUUAAAGCAGAUAUAUCAUUAUGUCUUAAAUUAGUACAACAACUUGAAGAAUCAAUCAAAACACGUUUUUCUGGUAUUAUUAAUCGAUUAAAUUUAGUUGAUAUUGUUGAUAAUUCUGCUUUUGGUGAUCCAAUAUAUUUUAUAGCUGCUGUAUUAGAUCCAUCAUUUAAAUUUUUAUGGAUUCGUGAUUUAAAAUUACCUGUUCCAAUGGAAAAUCGUUUAAAACAACACAUAAUCGAUUUGAUUAUUAAUGAAAUGAAAAAAGAUUUACCAGCAUCAACUAUUGAACCAAUGAAGAUUAAUUUUUCUUCAACAUCAUCAUCAACAUUUUCUUCUUCUACUACUACACCACAAAGAAAACGACGAAAAUUGUUUAAUUAUGAUGAUAAUAUUAUCAAUGAUUCAAAUGCAUCGUCGACACUUGAUCCUGCUGUAGAAUUAGAUGCAUUUUUAAAUGAUCCAGUUCGUUCAAAUUUUUCGAAUUACUGGUUCCAUUCACAACUAAAAAUUCUGAAGAACUUAAUUGUACGAAUUUUCUCAGUUCAAGCAAGUUCAGCUCCAAUCGAGAGAGUGUUCUGUCAUGCCGGACUCAUAUUAUCAUCAAGAAGAACGAACAUGAAUGAGACUUUAUUUCGUGAUUUAGUUCUUCUACGUGUAAAUCAGAAUUUGCUUUGAACUAGUUGUGUCACAUUCGUUAUUUUCAUCAGUUGUUCUUCUCAGAUUUGUUUUUGUUGACUUACUAUUUAUUUUUAACUUCUUGUUCCACUUUUUAUUUUAACUCGUUGUUAUUUUUUAUCAUUUUGUUAUUUGUCACUGUUACUUCCUGAAACUAAUAAAAAUUUUAAUUCUUCAUUGUAACAUCUUCUAUCGUUUAUCAUUGAAUAUUACAACAAAAAUUUAUACAUAAUAGUACCAAAUAGAUUAUGGAGCAACUUGAGUAUAUAUAUAAUAAAAAUCA